CACCUACCCCAAAACAAGUAACAAGUCUAUCCUCUUCUUCCAUCUCAAGUCGCAUCUCAUUCAUUUUCGUUAAACCCUAUAAACUCCACUCUCCACACUCUUCACACUCUUCACCUGCACAACGACGUCGUUUCUAUCCGUAUAACCAUGAACCCUUCCACCCUCACUCCUUCAUCUUCCCGUUCUCUUCUAUCACCCUCUCCCUUCCUCCAACCAACAACCUUAAACCACCAACGACGCCGUUUCAGGGUCUCCUUCCCUCGCUGUUCCGAUGACCGCACUUCCUCAUCCUCUUCUCCCCCUCCGCCGUCACCACCGCCGUCCAAACCGCAGAAGGACCUCAAGGGACUCGAAGUCCUCGUUGACAAGCUGUCGCCGCCUGUCAGGCUAGCCACCUCCGCCGUCAUCGUUGCCGGCGCUGUCGCCGCCGGGUAUGGCCUCGGGACGCGCUUUGGUGGCAGUCGAACUGCCGCGUUGGGCGGUGCUGUCGCUCUAGGCGCCGCCGGUGGUGCCGCAGCGUAUGCACUGAACGCCUCUGCUCCGCAGGUUGCGGCGGUGAAUUUGCAUAACUACGUUGCUGGAAUUGAUGACCCUUCGAAGUUGAAGAAGGAAGAUAUUGAAGGCAUUGCCAAUAGGUAUGGUGUGAGCAAGCAAGAUGAGGCUUUUAAGGCAGAGAUUUGUGAUAUUUACGCCGAGUUUGUGUCGUCUGUCCUUCCUCCUGGUGGUGAGGAACUUAAAGGUGAUGAGGUUGAUAGGAUAAUCAGUUUCAAGAAUUCCAUAGGGAUUGAUGACCCAGAUGCAGCAGCUAUGCAUAUGGAGAUUGGUAGGAAAAUCUUCAGGCAAAGGCUGGAAGUUGGGGACCGUGAUGCUGAUAUUGAACAACGCCGGGCGUUUCAAAAGUUGAUUUAUGUGUCGAAUCUUGUAUUUGGAGAUGCAUCAUCAUUCCUUCUGCCUUGGAAGCGUGUUUUCAAGGUCACUGAUUCCCAGGUUGAAGUAGCUGUCCGUGACAAUGCUCAGCGAUUGUAUGCUGCGAAGCUGAACUCAGUUGGCAGAGAUAUUGAUGCAGGACAACUUGUUGCACUUAGGGAAGCUCAAAUUUUAUAUCGCCUUUCUGAUGAGGUUGCGGGGAACUUGUUUAGAGAGCACACAAGGAAAUUGGUGGAGGAAAAUAUUACCACAGCGAUUGGUGUUCUUAAAUCUCGCACUAGAGGAGUUCCUGGGGUCAGCCAAGCAGUUGAGGAGCUUGAUAGGGUAUGGUCAUUCAAUAAUUUACUUAUCUCAUUCCAGCACCAGAUAGAUGUGGAUCGGUUUGCCCGUGGUGUCGGUCCAGUUUCUUUAAUAGGUGGUGAGUAUGACGGUGAUAGAAAAAUAGAGGACUUGAAACUUCUUUACAGGGCAUAUGUUUCAGAUGCUUUAUCUGGUGGGCGCAUGGAAGAUAAUAAGAUUGCUGUACUAAAUCAAUUGAGAAAUAUAUUUGGAUUGGGCAAACGCGAGGCAGAAGCCAUUUCACUUGAUGUUACAUCCAAGGUAUAUCGUAAACGACUUGCACAGUCUGUCACAGAUGGCGAGUUAGAGAUGGCAGAUAGCAAAGCAGCAUUCCUUCAAAAGCUAUGUGAUGAAUUGCAUUUUGAUCCAGAAAAGGCCGGUGAACUUCAUGAAGAAAUUUACCGGCAAAAGCUUCAGCAAUGUGUGGCUGAUGGGGAGCUCAGUGAGGAAGAUGUUAAAGCUUUGUUGAGGCUACGUGUGAUGCUGUGUGUACCUCAACAGACUGUUGAAGCAGCUCAUGCAGAUAUCUGUGGCAGUUUGUUUCAAAAGGUUGUCAGAGAAGCAAUUGCAUCCGGGGUUGAUGGAUAUGAUGCUGAAACCAAGAAAUCCGUACGAAAAGCAGCACAUGGCUUGCGACUUACCAGGGAGACUGCUAUGUCUAUUGCAAGCAAGGCA